AUGAUGACAGCAGAACAGAAGGGUGUAUAUGACAACAUAAUGCAAUCGGUGUUGUCUGAUAGUGGUGGAUUUUACUUUUUGUAUCGAUAUGGAGGAACUGGCAAAACUUUUGUCUGGAAUACAUUAUCUGCAGCCAUCCGUUCAAUGGGUAUGAUUGUUCUGAAUGUUGCUUCAAGUGGUAUUGCUUCUUUGUUGUUGCCGGGUGGUAGAACAACACAUUCCAGAUUUUGCAUUCCAUUGCAAACCGAUGAAACAACUACUUACAACAUCAAACAAGGUAGUUUAAGGGCAAAUUUACUGAUCUGUGCCAAAUUGAUCAUUUGGGAUGAAACUCCUAUGUUAAAUAAGAACUGUUUUGAGGCACUUGAUAGGACUUUGCGCGAUAUGAUGAGACAGGAAGAUGAAAGCAACAUGGACAAACCAUUUGGCGGUAAGGUUGUAGUUCUUGGUGGUGACUUGAGACAAAUUCUUCCAGUCAUUCCAAAAGGUGGAAGGCAAGACAUUGUAUCUGCUACAGUUCACCAGAGCUUGCAACAGAAAUUAAAGAAUUUGCUGACUGAAUUCUCAAAAUUGGAGAUGGUGAUUUUGAAUCAAAUGAGAGUGAACAUGAAGAUUGAAAAGUUUUUGGAAGAACGAUGCAUAUUGUGUCCUACAUUGGAAUGUGUUGAGAAAGUUAAUUAUUUUAUGCUUGAUUUACUACCAGGAAUACCAAAUCACAAAAUUAUAUUGAAGGAAGGUGCUCCGAUAAUGCUAUUGAGAAAUAUAGAUCAAGCAGCCAGUUUAUGCAUUGGAACGCGGCUAAUAGUGGCUGAUCUUGGAACAAAUGUUAUAAAGGUCACUGCAAUAACAGGAACCAACAUUGGAGAAGACAUUUUCAUUCCAAGAAUGGACAUGGUUCCAUCUGUCUCAGGGGAAUAUAAACUAAUUGCUGGGUUAAACUGCACUAAAGUAAUGUUCAAUCCUGACAUUCCACAAGCAGUGUCCUAUAGAGAAAGGAAGUUUCCUAUUUGGCUCAAGAAUGUUUGGGGUUAUGGUUCGGGAACUGCAUCUUUAUACCUGUCACAUCCAUGGAUGCAUCAUCUUGCACAAUUUAAUAUCAUUCCCAAUGUUGUAGAGUAA